AAGAGGGUGUCCAAUGGGUUUGGAAAAAUCUUCAUAAACGACAAUGUGCACUGCAGUCUUCACCCUUACUGACACGAGUCAGACGAUUGUCGUCUGGCUUUGUAUUAAGCGAUUUUAACCUAGAAAAUCCCAAAUGUAUCAACGCAAUUCAAUCGUAUGGUGCUGUCUGCUAUCAGAUCUUUGUGUCUGUUGUGUCUGAUGCGGAAGCGUUGAAAGCUCUCCGUUCUAUUGGACGUCAUUGCAAUAACAGCUGGGUGAAAUGCUUUAGCAAUUUGCAUGGAGUGGGAGGAAAGCUCGAUCCUAUUCUUAAUCGCAUAGAGAAGGAUUUCACUCGGAUGUGUGAUUAUUCGUGUUGGAAUAAAACGUUUGAGUUGGUGGAGCAAUGUGUUGUGGACAACAGCGGUGUCAAGUCGUCAUUAGUGAACGAGAAAGACAUGCUGCUAAACUUGUUACAAGUUCAUUGUUGGAAAAACCCAACGCGUCAUGUGUCAUGUGGACAGCUGCAAAUCGAGUUCUAUCUGACAGAACAAGAACUCGGUGCUGAGGCGUGCAAGUCAAGUUCAAUUAAGAAAAGUUCAUGUCCAGGAGAAUGCAAAACGAUGAUGACUAAAGCAACGAAUUUUCUUGGCUGCUGUUUAGGCUCACAGCAAGUGUAUGCCACAGCUAACAAACUGUCAGAUCCAACAGACAUAUUGGGAACAUAUUUAUACUGGAGUAAAGAUUACUGUGGUAUCAAGGUUCCAGCUCGUUGUCCAGGCCAGAUAAUUUCACAGCUCAGAGAGGUUUCUGGUGAGUGCAACACGAAGGUCAUGUCUUUAAACAGACUCUCUGAAUGCUCUGCUGAUUGGUACAAGUUCCAGUUUGUUAUUAUGUUAACGAGAGAAGCUGCUCUUGCAAGCUCGUGUUACAACUCAACAAGUUGCAUGUCAACUGUUGAUCACUACAUACAAUCACUCGCACAUGAUGCUGACGUACUUUGCUUGGCCAACUGUCAUAAACAUCUUGUUGCUACGUUGGAGGCUUGUUAUGUUGACUUGUACAAUGCAAGUAGUUCUGCAUUAGUCCCACUGUCUCUCUUAUGCUACGACACAAGCACAACACUUACAAAUACAAUCAACAACUGUGCUGUACGAUAUCAAAUGCACAUGAGUCAUCACCAAUUAUAUGACGAUCCAUGCAAUUUACCAUCCUACAAGAAUGGGCAAUGCAUCAAGGCAUGUCUAACACAUCUAAACAAUCUAACUGAUGCCGGUCUCGGGUGCUGUCUAGUGAGUCUGGUAGAGAGCGGCAUAUCUCGUAUAGAACCAAACAUCGUGUCAAACCUGAAUGUUUGCAUGUCCCAUCAAAGUAAGAGCAAACAGACAUGCAAACAUCACAUCAUACCAUCACCAUCACCAUCAUCACUGCCAUCAUCAACACCAUCAGAAAGACCAUCAGAGCAGCCAAAACCACAGCCAAAGAGCAAGAGCACUUACAUUCCAGCAAUAGUUGGUGGAGUCUUAGCUGCACUCGCUCUGUUGCUUGCUUUGCUUGCUUUGCUUGCUCAUUUCUAUUGUAAAGAAGACCAAAAAGAAGGAGCGGAUGGCGUGCUCCUGACGUCGCCGAUUCAAGACCAUCGAAGUACUUGAUAUAGCACAACAGCGAAUCAGACGAAUCAGAGAACGAAUAGCAAUGUAGUUGAACUGGAUGUUUUAGUGAGGCAAAUGCAGUCACGCGAUUGUAUGAACAAGAUAUUGUUAGUGAGAUAUAGGAGGUCGUAUGGAGUUAGUGAAUUAAUUAAAGAUGCAUUUUUGGCUGCAUUUGUGUUUUUCAGCGGACAUGGGAUUCUUAAUGUCUUGUCAUCUGCUAAUGAAAUAAAUUAUAAUAUGUUGGUUCGCAGUAUGUUAGUACAUGUACUAAUUUUAAAUAAAUAAUAGACUUUACAACCAGACUGAUCUGGUUGAGCACGACAUAAAUUAAAAAAAAAUAAAUAAAUA